AUUGCAGCGAUUUGCAUAACUUCAGCCUGGGCAUAACAAUUCAUAUUAAAGAUGUGAUUCAUCUGUACAUAAAAUUUAAAAAAAUAAGUUUCAUUAUUUGUAGUUUGGGAGUUUUGGAGUUCAUUUCAACGUUCAGCGUAAUUUAUUUGCUCAUGAAAUUAUUCGUCUGGAAAUUAAAAGAAUAGUCUCAACCAUGGCAAAUUCCACAGAAUUCAGUUCUAAAUUUCUCGAAGAAUUUGAAAUUCUUCCCUGGGAUCCGGAUCAAGGAGCGUUCGGCACUGUGUACAAAGUCAAAGAAAAAUUGCACCAGGAUAACCCUAUAAAUUCAGUUCCAACAGUCAUUAAAAUAAUUGAAGCUUGCAACAAAAACGAUUUUACCAUUAAUUAUACAAUAAGUCAGUUCAACUAUCCGAAAUAUGCUGAGCGUGAAAUUAAAAUUUUGGCCACACUUCGUGACCUAAAUCAUCCCAACAUUCUCCAAAUUUUAAAAGCAUGGCUGGAACAUGUCCCCCGAGGAUUUCGCGGCUACCCCAAGAAAACCCCUGUCAAAGGUUCGGAAGGAGUGUACGUCAUACGAACGGAAUGGUGUGAUCAGGGGUCGGUUUCAAAAUGGUUGAAAAGUGCGUGGCGAUGUGAGUCGGACGGAUGGAAGAUUGUGUACCAAAUUGCAUCCGCUUUAAACUUUUUACACGAGCAGAAGAUUAUCCACCGUGACCUAAAGCCGGCCAAUAUAUUGUUGAAAACGGAGGGUAACCAGGUUCUUGUCAAGAUCAGCGACUUUGGCCUAGCCACCGAAGCGAGAACAAGGAUGACGAGCCGAGUGGGGACAAAGUCAUAUCGAAGUCCGGAAUUGGGCGAACCGGGCGGUGUCUUGUAUUCCUUCAAGGCUGACAUUUUUUCCUUUGGUGUCAUUCUCUUUCAAAUUCUGGUCCACUGUAAAUUCAACUCAGAACUUGAGCAGAAAUUUUCCUCGAUGAUAUAUUUAGGUGCUCAAGAAGAGGAACCUUCAAAAAUGAAGUGGCGGUUGUCAAAAGAAAACGCCGAGCUUAUUAGAGCUAUGAUUUCUCAUAAACCCGACAAUAGGCCUACGUGUCCAGAGAUAAUCUCUAAAUUGCAGUGCAUUCCUGAUAUUUCAAGUGACAUUCAACCUUUUGACACUAAACCGGAACAUUUUGUCUGGGAAGAGGCUGACCUUGAUCUGAACGUUGUUAAUCAAAAAUGUCAAAUCCUAACCCUUCUAACGCUGAAUAAUGUCUCCGUGCAAAUAUCCGAGUUGAUGAGAUGCCUUGAACGGUGUACAAGUCUUCGAUAUUUAGAUCUCUCAAUAUCUCAAACAAAGUUGGGGAACGAAUUUCCCUAUAAAAUCCUCAAUUUGAGGCAUCUCAGAAGCUUUAACUUGCACCACCUAAACAAAUUGUGUUUUCAAGAUGAGUUUCAAAAUAUUACACAAAUUACAGAAAGAUGCGUGAAAAAUUUGUUAUUUUUCUCGCAUAAUAUUUCCUCUCAAAUUAUAUCCAACAAAAUGACAAUCUCUUUAAAGUUACGGGAACUUGAUAUUUGCCAAAUUGACAUUGUCGAAAGAAAGUUUGUUACAUUUUGUGAAUCCGCACUCGCAUUUUUCUCAGAAUUACUUUCUGAGUAUCAGUUUGAAAUAAUUCGUGCAAAGAUGAUGGCACCUGAAAACUUAAAAAUGCAAGAAGCAACAUGUAGGGAUCUAGAGCUUUAUAAUGUGAGACAGCCGGAUUAUUUCGGUGGAGGGGGAAAAUUGUUUAGUGGUUUCAAUUUACUCGAAAGACUUUACCUGGAUGGAUGUCCCAAAACUUUACGAAUGCUCGAUUUUGGUCACCUGCCCGAUUCUUUAAAUGUCGUAUUCUUAAAAGCAUUUAAAAUUCAGUUGCCCAAGAAACCAUUGAAAUUUUCAAUUUUAACUUUCGACCAAUGUGAACUUCCAGACGAUUUUGUUACCGCAUAUGAACAUACUGUUGGCGUGUUGACUAUUAUGUCUUGUCAAGUUGGAGACAAGUGUUGCCAAAAUUUUGACUUGAUAUGGUCCGUGUUGCAAACGGCGUGGGAAAUAAUUCGAUUGAAACCAUUUUUUUGGAGCUAUAGUCAAGAGAUGAAGGAUUAUGCUGAGGAAUUGAUUAAGGAGUAUUUUGUCCCUAAUGGAAUCCCAAAUGAUUGUGAGAUGAUUGAAAUUAUUGGAAAGAAUAAUGAUAUUUCUGAGAUAAAUACGGAAUUUGAGUAUGAAAAUUAAAUAGUUUAAAUAUAAUGCUAUAAAUGUACAUGCAUGCACCAACAUACGCCAACGCAACAUUGUAAAUUGUUAUUCGUAUAGAAUAAACGAGUCUGUUUAUAUGUUUUUAUCUAA